AGAAGAAAUGGCAGUGAAGAAAUGGCUGAAGGUAAAGGAAGAAACGACGAAGGAAGGAAGCAGCAGCCAAGGAAUCACUGAACAUCGGCGACGAUGGCCGACCUCUCCGGCGGCGAUAGUGAUCGGAAGGCCGUGAAGCUUCCGGUCGAAGGCAACCGAAACAUCCUCAUCACCAGCGCCUUGCCUUAUGUCAACAACGUCCCUCAUCUCGGCAACAUCAUCGGCUCCGUCUUGAGUGCUGAUGUUUUCGCCCGGUAUUGCCGCCUUCGCGGCUUCAACACCAUUUACAUAUGCGGGACUGAUGAGUAUGGCACAGCCACUGAGACCAAGGCCAUGGAGGAUAAUUCCACGCCUCAGCAGAUAUGCGACAAGUACCACACAAUUCAUAAGGAGGUCUAUAAAUGGUUUAACAUAAGUUUUGAUGAAUUUGGACGCACAUCAUCUCCACAGCAGACUGAAGUUUGCCAGGCCAUUUUCAAGAAACUUUUGGAUAACAAUUGGCUUUCUGAGAACACAAUGCAGCAGUUGUACUGUGAUACAUGCAAGAGGUUCUUAGCUGACCGACUUGUAGAAGGCACAUGCCCGACGCUGGGUUGUAAUUAUGAUUCUGCACGUGGUGAUCAAUGUGAAAAGUGUGGAAAACUUUUAAAUCCGACAGAACUACAAGAUCCCAGAUGCAAAGUCUGUCAAAACAAACCUCACAUCCGUGAUACAAACCACUUGUUUCUUGAGUUGCCUUUGUUGAAGGAUAAACUAGAGGAGUACAUACAACAGAUGUCAGUAGCUGGGUCUUGGAGCCAGAAUGCUAUCCAAUCAACAUAUGCAUGGCUAAAAGAAGGACUAAAACCUCGAUGCAUUACACGAGAUUUGAAGUGGGGAGUUCCUGUUCCACAUGAGAAAUUCAAGGACAAGGUUUUCUAUGUAUGGUUUGAUGCACCGAUUGGAUAUGUCUCAAUUACAUCAUGCUAUACAUCUGAGUGGGAGAAGUGGUGGAAGAAUCCUGAAAAUGUGGAGCUCUAUCAGUUUAUGGGCAAGGAUAAUGUGCCUUUCCACACUGUUAUGUUCCCAUCCACUCUUCUUGGAACUGGUGAAAAGUGGACUAUGAUGAAAACAAUUAGUGUUACUGAAUAUUUGAACUAUGAGGCAGGGAAGUUCUCAAAGAGCAAGGGCAUUGGUGUUUUUGGGAAUGAUGCAAAAGAUACAAACAUUCCUGCGGAAGUAUGGAGAUAUUACUUGUUAACUAAUAGGCCAGAGGUAUCAGAUACAUUAUUUACCUGGUUGGGUUUGCAAGCAAAACUAAACAGCGAAUUGCUGAAUAAUUUGGGCAACUUCAUCAAUCGAGUCUUGAGCUUCAUUGCUAAGGAUCCAGCUGCGGAAGAUAGUAAAGGGGUAGGUUAUAGCUCCAUUAUUCCUGAUGCAACGGGAGCAGAAUCACAUCCUUUAACAAAGAAAUUUGGAGAAAAAGUUGGUGAUUAUGCACAGCAGUAUUUGGAUGCCAUGGAGAAGGUUAAACUCAAGCAAGGAUUGAAGAUUGCAAUGAGUAUUUCGGGUGAGGGAAAUGCUUAUCUGCAAGAGAGCAAAUUCUGGAAGCUUUACAAGGAGGACCAAACUUCCUGUUCAGUAGUUAUGAAGACUUCAGUAGGGUUGGUUUAUAUCCUUGCAUGUCUGUUAGAACCUUUUAUGCCAUCUUUUUCCCUGGAGGUACUUAAACAGCUCAAUUUGCCCCCUGAUAUACACGAUUCACUUUCUGAUGGAAAAGGUGAUAUUGAAAAAGCAAAGAGGCCCUGGGAAUUUGUACCUGCCGGACACAAAAUUGGAACUCCAGAGCCAUUAUUCAAGGAACUGAAAGAUGAAGAAGUAGAGUUCUUCAGGCAGAAGUUUGCUGGAAGUCAAGCUGAUAGGAUUCUGAAGGCAGAAGCUGAAGCCAAGGAGCUUGCUAAUCAAUUAAAGAAGACAGAAGUUUCAGAUGGAAAGGGUAAGAAACGGCCAACUAAAUCUGUGGCUGAAGCUAAACCAAAGGCCAGUGUUGAAGCGGAAAUUUCAAUUAGUAGACUUGAUAUCCGUGUUGGUCUUAUUACAAAAGCUCAAAAACAUCCUGAUGCCGACUCUUUAUAUGUGGAAGAGAUUGAUGUUGGUGAAGGACAACCUCGGACUGUUGUUAGUGGACUUGUCAAGUACAUUCCUCUUGAAGACAUGCAGAACCGUAAGGUCUGUGUUCUAUGCAACUUAAAGCCAGCAACAAUGCGGGGUAUAAAAUCACAGGCAAUGGUUCUUGCUGCAUCCGACUCUGAUCACACCAAAGUUGAAUUGGUUGAGCCACCCCAUUCUGCUCCUGUUGGGGAGAGAGUGACAUUUCCUGGAUUCAAAGGUGAUCCGGAUGAUGUUUUAAACCCUAAGAAAAAGGUCUGGGAAACAUUGCAACCAGAUUUGCGCACUAACGAGGAACUAGUUGCUUGCUACAAGAAUUUACCAUUCUCCACAUCAGCAGGCGUGUGCAAGGUUUCAUCCAUAUCCAGGGGGUCAAUAAGGUAGGGAUGAAAUCAGAAAGGAAGGACGGACUAAUAAUCCAGAGUUUGCCAAAGGUAAUGAAAAGUUUUGUCCUGGUUAUGCGCCCCCCUCCCCCCCGGUGUUAUUUAUAUAUUUUGUUUGUCAUAGUGAUUGUGCUAUCUGGUUGCCUAUAUGAUAAGAGCCAUUCUUCUCAUAAUGGCCUCUGUAGAAUGCCAACAGGAAGCAUAUUAAAUGAUCAGUGACCACGCGAACUGAUUUCGAAUCCUAGCUGCUCAAGAAUGGACACUCCCAGCCACAUAUGUUUGAUGCGGAGACAAAGCAAAUUUUUAUUUGGUCUCCUUGGAAGACCUAAAUAUCUGUCAAAGAUGUUGAACACUCUCUAUUGCCGGCCAUUGCAUGGCGAGAUAAUUGAUCCAUAUAUGAUCUUUCUAUUUGUUAUUGUAACUGUUUGAGUUUACUGGAUUCUCUUCCUUCUUUUA